AUGGCUCUGGCUCGCUGCAGGGCGGCGCUGGCCCGGCUAGUGCUGCUGCCGCUCGCCCUGGCCCCGCUGCGGGCCGGCCCGGGGAGCGCGCAUCCUCAGUGCCUGGACUUCAAGCCCCCAUUCCGGCCGCCGCACCCGCUGCUCUUCUGCGAGCAGUACUCGGCCUUCGGCUGCUGCGAUGCUGAGCAGGACGCCGAGCUGAGCCGCCGUUACUGGGCCGUGACUCGCCGCCUGGAGCCCGACACCUUUGCAGUCUGCGCCGCCUACGUGCGCGACCUGUUGUGCCAGGAAUGUUCUCCAUAUGCUGCACACCUGUUUGAUGCAGAGGACCCAUCCACACCCGUCCGGACAGUGCCUGGGCUCUGUAAGGACUACUGUAUAGAUGUAUGGCACAAAUGCAGGACCAUAUUCCGUCAUCUCUCCCCGGACCCAGAGUUAUGGGCCCUGGAGACUAAUCGGGCCAAGUUUUGCCGCUACUUAUCACUUGAUGAUGCCGACUACUGUUUCCCUCGGCUAUUGGUCAACGAGAAUCUGAAUGUGAACCUGGGUCAGGUGAGGGCUGACACAGAAGGCUGCCUGGAGCUCUGCCUGGUGGAGGUGGCCAACAGGCUUCGGAACCCCGUGGCCAUGGUGCAUGCCAAUGAUGGCACCCACCGAUUCUUUGUGGCUGAGCAGGUGGGGCUGGUUUGGACUUACCUCCCUAACCGUUCAAGGUUGGAGAAGCCAUUUCUGAAUGUCAGCGAGGCUGUGCUCACCUCUCCCUGGGAAGGUGAUGAGAGGGGCUUUCUUGGCAUUGUCUUCCACCCCCAGUUUAAAUAUAUGGGGAAAGUCUAUGUGUACUACUCUGUGGAGGUCAGUUACGAGGAGAGGAUCCGCAUCAGUGAGUUCAAGAUUUCCCCUGAUGACAUGAAUACUGUGGACCACAGAUCUGAAAGGAUAAUUUUGGAAAUUGAAGAACCAGCAUCUAACCACAAUGGUGGACAACUGCUCUUUGGAGAUGAUGGGUAUCUUUACAUCUUCACUGGGGACGGAGGAAUGGCAGGAGAUCCAUUUGGGAAGUUUGGAAACUCUCAAAACAAGUCAGCCUUACUUGGCAAGGUAUUGCGGAUUGAUGUGAAUCACAAUGACCGAGGGCCUCUGUAUAGAAUCCCUCCUGAUAAUCCUUUUGUUGGUGACCCAUCGGCCCGACCAGAAGUCUAUGCCUAUGGUGUACGGAACAUGUGGCGCUGCUCCUUUGACCGAGGCGACCCCAUCACCAAAGAAGGGCAGGGGAGGCUCUUCUGUGGAGAUGUUGGCCAGAACAAAUUUGAAGAGGUUGACAUCGUAGAGAAGGGGAAGAACUAUGGAUGGAGGGCCAGGGAAGGCUUUGAGUGCUAUGACAAAAAACUAUGUGCCAAUUCUUCACUAGAUGAUGUUCUUCCAAUCUACGCGUAUCCACACAAGAUGGGAAAGUCAGUCACAGGAGGCUACAUCUACCGGGGCUGCCAGUCCCCCAAUUUGAAUGGGCUGUACAUAUUUGGGGAUUUUAUGAGUGGGCGCUUGAUGUCACUCAGGGAGAACCAGGCCACCAGACAGUGGCAGUACAGUGAGAUCUGCAUGGGGCGUGGGCAGACAUGCAUGUUUCCAGGCAUGAUCAACAACUAUUAUCAGUACAUCAUUUCCUUUGCUGAAGAUGAGGCAGGGGAACUUUACUUCAUGUCUACUGGAGUGCCAAGCGCCACUUCGGCAAGUGGAGUCAUUUACAAAAUGGUUGACCCUUCCAGGAGGGCUCCUCCAGGAAAGUGUCAGAUCAAAGCCGCCCCCGUGAAAGUGAAGAGCCGAAUCAUCAGCUUUGAACCUAAGGAGAAGUUCAUCUCCCAAACCGUGACUGCUCGGCCUAAACCACGAACCACCACCAAGGCCCCACGACGGAGCAGCUCCACCGCAAGGCCCACACCUUCCACCCCAGACUGGGCCGAGCAGAUUUUGCAACUUCUCCGAAGCCGCUCAGUGACCCCCACAACACCUAUUUUGAGUCCAACUCGGAGGCCUUCUGGGAGGAGAAGUGGGAGGAGGAAAGGAAGGCCAACUACAGCCCCCACACCUCCCCGGAAUGGCACUGUUCGAUUGCUCAACCACCAAUCCCCAGGUCGGGACCGGGGCCGAGUGGAAAUCUAUGUGGGCAGACGGUGGGGCACUGUCUGUGAUGACAUUUGGGACUCCAAGGCUGCAGCUGUAGUCUGCCGCCAGGUAGGCUUCCCCUAUGCGGUCAAGGCAACCAAGAGGGCAGAAUUUGGCGAGGGACACUCCCUGCCCAUCCUCCUGGAUGAUGUUCGCUGCACAGGGCAGGAGAGAAACCUUCUAGAGUGUUCACAUGCUGGGGUUGGCAAACACAACUGUGACCACAAGGAGGAUGCAGGAGUGAUAUGCAGCCAUCAAGACCCUGACCUAUAGACUUAUGUGGGUGGCUCUGGAGCAUGAUGCUAAGGGCAUGAUAGGGGCAGGAAGAGACGGGUUCUGGGGAGCCCAUCUCUCUCCCCCACCAAGUGGCCUUGUGGGCUCCAUUUUGCACUGUGCAUGUGUACGAUGUAUAUGUGUGCACACAUGGGCACAUGUGUGUAUUCGAUAUCUUCCUUCCUUCCCUCCUUCCUCCCUCC